CUAUUAAUAAUUUCAAUAAAGAGAACAACCUGAAGGUACACACGUAAAUUCUGGCUUAGAUUAUUUAGACACUGAGUAAGGGUAAAUUCUAGCCUGGCUUGGGUGGUAGGGGCGAAAGUGGUGGUGUAGGGGAGGAGAUAGGGGUUGAGUGGGGAAAAGGGGUUGAAGGGGGUUGAAGGGGAGAAGGGGAGAAGGAAGGGGUGGAAGAAGGGAAAUCAGGGGAAAGAGGGUUUGAAGGGGUCUAGGAAGGGUUUUGAGCGGUUUUGGGGUAUUUUUGAGGGGAGUUAGAUAUAGGAAUUUUUUUGUGGAAAAAUUGCAAAUUUGGUUUUUAUUGAAUUUUUGUGGAUCUUUUAGUGUCUUAUUUCAACUUGAGUAGUUAUUUGAUAUAUCUUGGUUCAAUUAGUUGGCUUAUAACCUAAUUUUAUAGGAAUGGAUCCCACUUCGCCUCCCAGAAACCUUGCUACUGGAGAUAGAUUGAUAAUAUUCGGCUCAUUUGUAAUACUCGCAUUAUUUUGCUGAUGAAUAAUCUUGCUUGCUAUUAAACAGUAUUUCUGCUCUUUUAUUGAUGUCAAAACCCCAAGAGGCAUCAAGAUCCUAAGCGUCGUCAGAUUAGACAAUCUUCGUGACCAAGUGAGUCACAGUUCAAUAGAUUUUGAGCUCAAUCUCAGUCCAGCACACCGAGCGAUCUCUCCGAACACUCCUCUCCGGAGGCCUCAAAGAGGGGAUAAGCAGCGAGUGAGAGGAUUCAGCUCUCCAUUGACCCCACAAACAAGGAACUACAGAGUUGAUCUCUAAUAGAAC